CUCAGUUCGACUAUAGAUUUCAAUUUGUUCGGUCAGUGACAUAUAGAGAUCGCACACGUCAGUGAUAUAUAUAUAUAUCGUAUACGACAAAUAAUUUUUGAACGUCUCACGUAGUGUUUCCGGCUUCUGUCUUUUUCCUGUAGCAUUUGUGUGAAACGUUAAAGUUCAAAAUGCAGCUGUUCAUCCGCGGUGACGAAACUCACGUCGUAGAAUGCGAAAGCACUGAAACAAUUGGUCAACUCAAGGAACGACUUGCUGAUAUUGCAGACCUUGAAGAUGACAGUUUCAAUCUUUACUGUGCCACUUUAACAUUGAAUGAUGAUACCAUUAUUGGAGAUUUACCGUCAAACUUUCUUGAAUUAACGGUCCCUCUUCGUGGAGGUAAAGUUCACGGAUCUUUGGCUCGUGCCGGAAAAGUUAAGGGACAAACUCCAAAGGUUGAGAAACAAGAAAAAAGUAAGAAAAAAACUGGUCGUGCAAAAAGACGUAUCCAAUACAACCGAAGAUUUGUGACUGUAGUACCAAUUUAUGGCAGACGCCGUGGACCAAAUGCCAACCCCAACACAUAAAUGAGUGAACAUUUAUAAAUAAACAAUAAAUUCGUCGCAAAAACUGGAUUUUAUUGAAAUGAAAUUUGAUUUUGCAUUUAAAAAAUAAAAAUUUACACAUCAUUA